CCAGGGGGCAGGGGAGAGCUCUCAGGCCGCUCCUCAGCUCAACAUCACAGAGCGAGAGAGCCGUUGCUAAGGAAAUGAGAACCGUAGCGACGAGAAGAGUGAGGCGGACUGUAAACACUGAGCGCUAUUAAAGCUCUGGAUUAGCGGUCCGACCUGAAACAAAUCACAGUUUAGAGCAGUACGAUAUCCCUCUUUAAUGAACUGAUUCUGUUUAUGUGCCUGCAGUUGACUGCUGACUUCAGAUCUACCUUUUUUGUACUGAAAAGCACAUCUUAUGGCAGAGCUGCAUAUAAUCGGACAGAUCAUUGGGGCCAGUGGUUUCCCUCAGAGCAGCCUGUUCUGCAAGUGGGGAGUUCACACAGGAGGAGCAUGGCGGCUCCUCUCUGGACUUAAGGAGGGACAGACACAAGUGGACAUGCCUCAGAUAGGAGACAUGGCCUACUGGAGUCAUCCUAUUGACUUGCAUUACACCACUAAGGGUCUUCAAGGUUGGCCAAAGCUUCACCUACAGGUUUGGCAUCAGGACUCCUUUGGAAGAUGUCAGCUGUAUGGUUAUGGUUACUGUCAUAUACCCUCCAGCCCUGGACAGCACCGCCUGCAGUGUGCAACCUGGAGGCCACUGGGAACCUGGCAGGAACAGCUAGCUCAGAUUUUUGUGGGCGGAGGCCCUCAGCUUCGCUCUCCUGACCUCAUUUACAGUGGAGCAGACAGAUACAGACUUCACACCGUUGCCAUGGGCACUGUAGAACUGGAGCUCUGCGUCAUUCUGCGGCAUUUUGACAGAUAUGGUGUGGAGAGCUGAGAGUGACACCUCCUGUAUGCAGAUAGAAAAUAGAGUGAUGAAGAAAUACAAUGACAUUUGGUACAAGAAAUGUUUGAAUUAUAGUGGAGUUACUAAUGCAGUGCGUAUGUGACUUUUGUUUUUUAAGAGUGAGCAUAAAUGUAUCGUUUAAGCUCUGGUUUGUAAGAUAGCCAGACCACAGUUCUGGAGAAAAGAGACAUGUCUUGCUUUAAUUUGUAUCAAGGAAUGCAGUGAUAAGUUCUGGGUUUUUACUUCUCCAUGACUGAUAAAGUUCAGUGCUUUUAUUUUUUUUAAUUUUUCUACUACCUAUUUUAUAUGUAUUUUUUAUAAUGGACUUUGUCUUAUGUUGUAACAUGAGUAAAUCUCCUAAAUUCUUAUAUUCAACUUUAUUUCCCAGGACAUUACAACAGAGUGUUUUAGACCGUG